AUGGUCCUCUGGCUACUCCUCCUCGCGCUUACUACAUCUGCAUACCUCCCCAGCAGGAUGCUCGUCCUGUACGACGGCCCGGAGAUCGCGUCUAAAGACCUCCAGCUCAUCCUGACGGGUGCUCGGAUUGCUUCUCGUUCGAUGCGAAUGGAUGACCCUAAAUUUAAACUUCCGAAGCUUGUACUUGAUGGAGUCCCCCAGUACUCUCAUAUAGCCAUCAUUGGUCGGGGGAACCAUCUGACUGCAGAAAAUUAUAAUGAGCUGCUUAAAUAUGUGGAGGGAACACUCGAUCCAUACAGCUCCAAGUUGACGGAGGACGAGAGAAUGAUUCUUCCGACGUCUAGCAGCGAUAGAUGGACCACAGCGAUGAAGUAUCCUACAGAGUAUGUCUAUAAAGGCAUCUUUGAGCCGCUGCCAGGAGCAUCUAUUGCAAUAUUCACCGACGCACAUGCUUGCCAGAGGCUUCUCAACCUACUUAAAAACCUGGGUAUGAAGGCCAUUAGGAGCACCUCUUCUGAAAUGGGGGCCCUCAAGCUCAGCACGGCUUUGAAGGAGAAGCUGUCUCGUGGGGAACAAUCUGGGUGUGACAUUAUAGGUGACGUCAGCUAUAAGCCUCUAAAACAGCCUUUGUCAGAUAUACUCUCAUUUACCCCCAACUUCCUUUCAGAUGUACAGAAGGCACAUGAAAUAUUCACAUUUGAGAGCUCCUCCCGUGAGCUGACCGCAGGACUGGUCUGGCAAGGCCUUGAGAACAAUGCCCGGGUGAUUGCGAUAGGCUUUCUCGGUGCCUUGGCUGACACGACCAUGAUGAUGAGCAAUGCUUCUUCAGAGCAAUACUUUAAGGAGUGGAAUGCUAAAGAGGGAACAAACCGCAGCAUAUAUGAAUACAGCACCCUUCCCGAAGGCUCUAUCCAGGCAUUCUAUCAGCUAAGUCGCUGGUUUGGGUUUGCAAAGUGCAUGUUACGCGUUUCUGUUCUAGAUGCGCGGCCAGUUCAAGACCCAUCAGGAUGUGACAACACUGUUCCGGCUCAGCACGGGGAAGCUCAUGGAAACACAGCUGUGGUUGAAGGAAACCUUGUCCACUACAUUGUCAAGAUAGAGGAGCUAGUUAAUAAUACGCUUUGGAGACCUUAUGUCCCCAAAAAGACUGCGGUACGUCUGGACGAACUAGUGACAAACAACGCCCGUCGCCAUCCAGAAGACUAUGGCCUGUUUCCGUCUGAAACACGGCAAAUCAAAAAGCAAAUAUCAGCGCUGUCUAGCGGCCUGUAUAGCAGGUGUCUUCAAUCCGCCCGCAAGGACUUGAUCAAUCAGACACAGGACAUUACCGUGACGGACGCUCUUUCCUCCAUAUACACAGACAUACAACUGCAUGAGUCCAUCAUGGGUACUUUAAUAUCUAUGAAUUUAGCCCUGCUGGACGAGAAGAAAGGUCUCUUUGAUUUGGUGAUCGUUCCAGAUCUGGUUAGGUCCUACCACAUGAGAUUAGAUUACAAUGUUCCUGGAUAUAAUAGAAUCAAGCUCAUCCACCACCUGCACGUGAACAUGGACCGCACAGAUGCUUUCUAUAAACACUAUGCCGAUUGGCCUCUGUUUGUGGGGCUGGGGUGUGUACUUCUAUUGGCCGUGUACGCAGGAAUACUGCUUCUCACACACAAGGAAACGCGUACGGAAGAAAAGGAAGAGUAA